AUGGCGCUAACGAUUAGAGAGAGGCGGGUCCCGCGGCUGCACAUCUCGCUCGACCUCCCCUCCUGCGCCGGCGCCUUCCGGUACCCCAACCCGCCGGUGGCCGCACCGGCUGCUUCGACGUCGUCAGCGGCGGCGAGGGUUGGUGAUCAGCAGCUCCGCUCGUCGGACCUCGACAGGGUGGCCGUCCUCGGGCGCGGGAACAGCGCCACCGUGUACAAGGUCGCGAACCGCCGCACGUCGGCGGUGUACGCGCUCAAGGUGCUGCACGGUGGCGGCGGCGGCGCGGCGGCUGCCGAGGCGGACGUCCUGCGGCGCGCGGACUCGCCGCACGUCGUGCGGUGCCACUCCGUCCUGCCGGCCGCCUCCGGCGACGCCGCGCUCCUGCUCGAGCUGGUGGACGGCGGCUCGCUCGCCUCCGUCGUGGCCCGCGCCGGUGCGUUCCCGGAGGCGGCGCUGGCGGAGGUGGCCGCGCAGGCCCUGUCCGGGCUGGCGUACCUCCACGCCCGCCGCGUCGUCCACCGCGACGUCAAGCCGGCGAACCUCCUCGUCACCACGGCCGGCGAGGUGAAGAUCGCCGACUUCGGGAUCGCCAAGGUCCUCGCCCACGCCGGCGACCACUGCACCGCCUACGAGGGCACCGCCGCGUACAUGAGCCCCGAGCGGUUCGACUCCGAGCGCCACACCGACCCCUUCGCCGCCGACGUGUGGAGCCUGGGCGUGACCAUCCUGGAGCUCCUCAUGGGACGGUAUCCGCUGCUCCCCGCCGGGCAGAAGCCGACAUGGGCAGCGCUCAUGUGCGCCAUCUGCUUCGGCGAGAUGACCUCACUGCCCGACGACGCGGCCUCGCCGGAGCUACGGGCGUUCCUCGCCGCGUGCCUGCACAAGGACUACACGAAGCGGGCGUCCGUCGCGCAUCUUCUUGCCCACCAGUUCGUCGCCGGUAGGGACGUGGUGGCGUCCAAACUUGCGCUCCGGCGGCUUGUCACCGGAGCCUGA